UUCCUUUAAUAGAUUUGUAACUUGGGGCAAAUUAUUCAAACUUCUGAGCUCACUUUCCUUGGAUGUAAAGAUGAUAAUAUCUACUUCAAAGAACUAAUGCAAUCCUUGAAAUGAAGAUAGAUGACACAGGGAGUAUGGAGCCUGGCAAACAGUUGGUGUCCAAUAAAUGUUAGUUCCCAUAGCAUGAACUGCACAGGAAUACUUAAAAUAUUCUCACACUGAUAAGAGUCUGUUAGAAACUUUGGUUCACUUCAAGAAAGUUAAUAUCCUUAAAUCUGAAUUUACAAAACAGAUGAAUUCGUUAGUGAUUGUUUACUUUUAGAAAGUAGUCGUUCCAUCUUAAUCAGUGUUUUUCCCAUUUUAGUGAACAUAAGAUUCACUGAGGGAGCUUGUUGAGAAUGUGUACAUUUCUGCAUGCCAGCCCCAAAAGGUUUUCUUUCAGUAGGGCGGCUGAUUAGCCCAGGUGUUUUCAUUUUAACAGGAACACAUGCUUCCAUCCCAGGUGACUUCAGUGUGGGUACUUCUGCCAACACACAGCUUGCAGUAGAAGAUUUCCUGUGUGAUCUUUUUUUGUCUUGGAGAAUUUCAAACACAUACAAAAAUAAACAGAAGAGUAUGGUGAAUUCUAUGUUCUCAUCAACCUGCUGCAGCAAAGAUCAACUCAUGGCGAAUUCUGCUCUGUUCACCCCUCCUUCCACUUCCUCCCCCACUUUAAUGUUGAGACAAAUCCCAAGAAUCAUUUCAUCUGUAAAUAUGUGCUUGUAUAAUUUCUAAAAUAUUGAAUAUAUUUCAGGAAAAGUUUUUUUCACCACCUGCUCUGAUUUAAAUAUGCUGAAGAAAUUAAAAUCUGCAGAAAGAUUAUUUUUGCUGAUUAAAAAGCAGUUUCCACUUUCUGUUUCUUCUGUAAGUAAAGGAAAAUUAUUUAAUGAAAUGCAAAGAUUUGUAAAUGAUGAUCCUGAAAGUUGGUUGAAUGCCAUUUCAAUUUGGAAAAAGCUUCUUGAACUUGAUGCAAAAAAGGAAAGACUGUCUCAAAGAGAUGCUGACCCACUAAAAAGAAAAGUGGGAGAAAAUGAAAUCAUCGUUGCUAAGAAAUUAAAAAUAGAACAAACGCAAAAGAUAGAAGAGAACAAGGUCUGCCAGCUGGACAAACAAAUAGAAGAAGAAACUCAGGAGCAAAGAGAUUUUAUCACUAAAAGAGAAAAACUUCAGGGAGAAGAACCUCGGGAGGAUGUAGAGAAGACAACUGAUACUUCUCACCAGCACGACGUAACUUUCAGGGUUUCAUGUCGCUGUAGUGGAGCAGUUGGAAAGGCCUUCACUGCACAGGAGCUAGGGAGAGUAAUUGGAAUUGCUCUUAUGAAACAGUUUGGAUGGAAAGCAGAUUUGAGGAAUCCAAAUUUAGAGAUCUUUAUACAUCUCAAUGACAUUUACUCUGUGGUGGGGAUUCCUGUGUUCAGAGUUCCUUUAGCCAGCAGAGCUUACAUCAAGACAGCCGGCCUGCGGUCCACCAUAGCAUGGGCAAUGGCAUCUCUUGCUGAAAUCAGGGCUGGUGCAAUUGUUCUAGAUCCAAUGUGUGGACUUGGAACAAUACUUCUGGAAGCUGCUAAAGAAUGGCCAGAUGUGUAUUAUGUGGGUGCUGAUGUCAGCGACUCACAGUUGCUGGGUGCAUGUGACAAUCUAAAAGCUGCAGGCCUUAAAGAUAAAAUUGAGCUACUUAAGGUCUCUGUUAUAGAAUUGCCGUUACCAUCAGAAAGUGUCGAUAUUAUUAUUUCUGACAUUCCAUUUGGGAAAAAGUUUAAGUUAAGAAAAGACAUCAAAAGCAUAUUACAAGAAAUGGAAAGAGUACUUCAUGUUGGUGGAACCAUUGUGCUGUUGCUUAGCGAAGAUCACUACCGGUGCUUCAGAGAGUGUAAAGAGAGUGACAUCCCUUUAAAUUCCAAGGGCAGUCACACAGUUGCACCUGGAAUUCAGAAGCAUUUGGAUCCUGAAGAAAACACCGGCUUAUCAGAGACAGUGUUGUCUUCAUUUGAAGCCAGUAACCAGGAGUGCUUGGAGAAAAUGUCCCCAUGUGGCUCUUUGGUACCCGUGGAAUGCUACAGAGUCAGCCUUGGAAAGACAAAUGCUUUCAUAUGUAAAUACAGGAAGUCCCUCUCUUCUGGAUGCUAGCAGACUUGCCACAUCAGCCAGGCUUAAGUCCUUGUAUACUCGCUGUGCAGCAGAGGUGGUCUGCUCUGAGAUUCUUUGCACUGCCCACAAAGUUCCAGGUAAACGAAUUUCCCGAAGACAGGAGGUGUGGCUGAUUGGCGCUUGUUCUUAGUAAGACUUUUUGCUUUGUACUUUAAAGUGUUUCAUGUUUUUGACAAAGAACAGUUACUGAAUAUUUUUAAAAGACCAUUAAGUUUUGUAUUUUCUCAGAAUGUGAAAAGAUCUGUUCUGCCAUCUGUUGUUUCUGAGCAAAAGUUUCAACUUCAGAAUACAAGUUUUCAGGGGUUCAUGGAACUAUAUCACAGUCAACACAAGAUUAUUGAUAUUUUAACUGUCAGAUUUUUAGAAAUGUGAAACUUUUAUAUGUAACUUUUUAUAGUAAACUUCAUUUUUGAGCCUGUAAUUUUCUCUUCCAUUGGAAUGAAAAUAGUUUGUAUUUGUAAUACAUUUUAUAUGUUCAUAUUAAAAAAAACAUUGGUGAGAGUAAUAACAAUGUGAAUUAAGCCAGUAUCCUUCACCAUGAUAGAAAAUGAAGUUUGCUUUCUUCUAAAAGCUUUAAUAAAUUGUCAUCUUUUAUUUAUAGAAAUUCA